CGUUUUCUCACCCUUCAUCAGCAAUAAUGAGAUCAUUCCCCAGCGGAUGCUGGACGUGUAAGCUCAGACAUCGGAAAUGCGACCUCCAAAUCCCUGCCUGUAGGGAAUGCACCGACCGACGGAUCCCGUGCCAUGGCUAUGGAUCCAAGCCUACGUGGAUGGACGGGUCAGAUGCCGAGCACCGAGAGCUUGAGCGAAUCAAAAGAGCUGUCAAACAGCAUCUGAAGAAGGUUCGGAGGGGUCAGCGAAACCAGAGCCUUCUAAGGGAUGUGACAGUUACUUCUCCGUCGGAGCGAUGUACCCCGUUGCAGACACCACUAGCUCCAGGUGCAACUGGGCUUUCAAGUCCGUUUCUAUCAGAGCAGAAUGCACAUCAUGGCUGUGAUAACUUGCAGUCUUCGGAGACCUUUGUACAGGCUUCGAGUAGCUCACUCCCACGAAACUCAAUCCUUGAAGAAGAAACUGCACACCCGGUCUCUCCAUCACAGGGUUACACUCCGCCUUGCAUCUUGCAACCCAGAUUGGCAUCUCUUAUAAUGUAUUAUCUCGACCAUGUGUUUGUCUGGCAGUUCCCCUACUACCAGUUCCAGUCCCGCUUGGGUAACAGAGGCUGGCUUCUCGUAUUUCUCUACAACGAUCGCUCGCUGUCGCAUGCUGCGCUUGCACUCUCCACCUUGCAUCGAGAUGCAUCCCAGAAGAGGUGCUCUUAUAACCGGCAAGCAUUUGAGUUCCACUCAAUGGCCUUGAGAGAGUUGCGGAAUCUCUCGCAGCAUACUGAGACCGAGACACUGCUUAACGACCGGACCAAGCUGGCUGAGUUUAUAGCGGCUAGUUUGACACUGAUAAGUUUUGAGGUUUUCAAUGGAGCUGAGUACGAUUGGGUUCCGCACCUCGACGCCGUCACGGCUGUCGUCGCUAUGCAAUCGCCGGACGUCCUACUCCAGACUUCAUCGUCCUCCGAAAAUGCUUUGCCUUCUCCAAUCACUUUUUUACGCGGCGAUGAUCCUCAAUUGCAAGCAGAUUUCAGUUUCCUCAUCGCUGAAGCAUUGUGGCAUGAUAUCCUGGCUUGUGCAACGACAAGGCGUGUCCCACGGAUACCUUAUCGAAAAUGGCUAGAGGGGUCAGAUCUCGCAAUGGAGGACUUGAUGGGCUGUUACAACUGGGUCAUGAUUGCUAUUGGAGACUUGGCUCAUCUUCAAGCAUGGAAAAAGGAUAUGAAGCAGAAAGGGGCUCUAAGCGUGCCGGAGUUGGUGAGAAGGGGCCAAAGAAUAGAGAAGAGACUACAAGACGGCAUCAGGGAACUAAGGCAAACUAAAAAGGGAGGAGACAGUAAUCGUGGCAGUAUUUCACCGGCUCCAUAUGUCUCCCAUGUUUUCGCACUUGCGUCGUUAGUCUUGUCAAGUACAAUAGUCUCCGGGCCCUGGGCAUGUCUUCCCGAGAUUAAGGGUGCGAUUACAGAGUCGGUCACUGUCCUGAAGGACUGGCCCCAAGCCGUUCCUCUCCGGGGCCUGGUCUGGCCACUCUAUAUCAUUGGCCGCAUGGCUGAGCCCAGUCUCCAGUGCUUUUUGGAGUCAGUUCUAUGUAGAAUCCAGGAAGAGAGUGGAGGGUUUGGAAACAGCGGUACCGUCAUCAAGCUCCUAAAGAGCCGUUGGGCCGCACCUCCAGACCCUAAUGAUGUUGGGGUGGGAUUAGUGUUCCGGACAGGAGGUAAUGUGCUACUUACGUAGAAACUUCUCCUGAUAACGGGGACCCUUAGAUGCUUAAUUCGAGUUUCGAACCUCUUUCAUAGCAGGGAGUACUAACGUGCCAUGAUACACGCUAGAAUGAGGAUCUACUUGAUGUGAGCUUUAGUGCUAAGAUUUUCUUUGCUAAAUCUGGACAGGACGCA